AUGGCUGCGGAGCAGGGCGCGCGGGUCGUGGGGCCCGGGCCUGGAGCCGGGCCGCGCCAGCUAGUGCGGGCCCUCCUGCUGCUGCUGUGUCUGGCGGCCCGCAGCAGCGCGCUCUACUUCCACAUCGGGGAGACUGAGAAGAAGUGCUUUAUUGAGGAAAUUCCGGACGAGACCAUGGUGAUAGGAAACUACCGGACGCAGCUGUACGACAAGCAGCGGGAGGAAUACCAGCCGGCCACCCCCGGGCUGGGCAUGUUCGUGGAAGUCAAGGACCCAGAGGACAAGGUCAUCCUGGCCCGGCAGUAUGGCUCAGAGGGCAGGUUCACGUUCACCUCCCACACCCCUGGCGAGCACCAGAUCUGUCUUCACUCAAAUUCCACCAAGUUCUCCCUGUUUGCUGGAGGGAUGCUGGUAAGUGGGUCCACCUGGGAUCAACAGCCCUUAUUCUCUAGCCCUGUUGUCAGGACGGGAAGGCCCCAGGCAGGACGAGCUCACGCAGGCUCCCUUCUGCUUGCCCUCCCACAGUGGCGAGAAGAGCGCUUCCGACUGACCAGUGAGAGCACCAACCAGCGGGUGCUGUGGUGGUCCAUCCUGCAGACCCUCAUCCUCGUGGCCAUUGGCGUCUGGCAGAUGCGGCACCUCAAGAGUUUCUUUGAAGCCAAGAAGCUUGUGUAACCACCGCAGGCCUGGCUGGCCCAACUUCCUCCCCUGCUGGGGGAGCGGGACUGCUGGGAAUGGAAUUCUCUCUGGCAGGAGGACUCUCCCAAUCUCGGAUGCUCUGGAGGAGAGGGGCUGCUGGUACCCCAGGCAUAAACUGAGGGCAGCAGUCGGACUGACUGAUACUUAGCGGGGGUGGGGCUAAGGUCUACCUCUUCCCCUGGACUUUAGGCCCUCUGCAGUAAUCACCAGGAGCCCCAUUGACACCUCAGAAUCACAGUGUUACUGAUCAUU